CAAAUGUUCUAACAUGAAAAAGAAGAUUCUAAAUAGUUAAAACUGAGACCAGAAGUUGUAUGGUUCCAUCUCUGGGACAGGAUGAAUGGAGAUUAAAGGGAAUGGGAAGGAAUCAAAUUGAACCAAAGCAACAAUUACACCACCUAGAAGAAGAUCCUAUAUAACAACCUCAUUAUACUCAUCUAGAGUAGAAAUAGCCUUUGGCUCUAAAGCUAAAAACACUCUCCAUCACCUAUAUCUCCUACUUUUGCUAUUUUCUCCUAUUCCAAAUUCCAACAGUUAUUAAUAAAAGGAAAGACAAGUGAGACCAAUAAAGACAUUUAGCUCCAAAGAAAAUGAAGGUUGCUUUCUUUCCUUGUUUAGUUAUCCUGUUAUGCGCUCUAGCAGUAACAAGCAGGGUGUCAGAAACUUCUCUCACGUUGAAAAACAGAGGUGUACAUCUCUUGAAACAUCUUGCUAGUGCACCAGAAAGAAACAGUGAUCAUGCUGUUGCAGACUUAAGUGGUGACACUAAUAAGUUUGAGUUAGCAACCAAGGAUGUUGAAAAAAAUCAGAGAGGAAAGGGGGCAAAUGGGGGUGGAAGUGUUACUCGUCAGCCACGUACUCUUGAUAAAAAUUCAGCUGUAACCUUAAAGCAGCCCUCUAUCUCCUUGUCAACUAUUUGUGUCAUUUCUAGCUUGCCUCUUCUCUUGGUUCUUCCCUGUGUCAUUCCCUAAGAUGUUUUCAUUUUUCAGGUAUCCUCAUUGUGAUUGUGACUUCAUGAGUGUGUUAUUCUGUUGGUUUGUUUUGGUAGAGUUUGUAUGUCUAUUAGUGAACAGCUGUGUUGUGUAACAUGCUACAGAUUGAUGAUGAAUCAUAUGAGUCUUUCUGAUCA